UCUAACGAGCUUGCUUUUCCCCAAAUUCUGGAUUGAAAUUUAACAUGUCGGACCAGCAGGAUAACGCAAAGCCCAUGCAAUCUGCGCAUUCUGCAGCCAGCGUUAAGCAGUUAACAGAUGGGCAGCUGUUGGCAAAAGCCUUAAAGCUGAAGAGGGAAAUCGCCGACGCAUUUAACAAACUGACGGAACUGGAAAUUGUUGCCUAUACAGUGGACGUUGAGUUUAAAAAUUUAGAGAGCCAAUUGCAAUUGAUCGAGGCAAAUCACGAUGAAAUGAAACGUAAAAUGAUGGUAAAUUUCCCCAUUUACGAUGCUGAGACUUCCCAGCAUGGAAAUAUGGAAGACCUUUCCAAUGCAGAAAAAGAUCCCACCGAGGAAAGUGGAGUGGAUACAUCAAUUGAUGACGAUAAUAAAUAA